AUGAAUAAAACUAACGUAUUUUUACCGGUUGAUGAAUUACUUUGGUCAUCAUCAUCUGUGAAUGAUAGUGACAAUGAAAAUAUUGAUAAAUAUCUUAAAAUAAUUCAUACCGAAUAUCCAUCAUCAGAUGAUGAAAUAUCUCUUCAAACUCUUUUGAAUUGUCAAUUAAAUACUGAAUUAGCACUUGUUAAAUUUCGUCAACUACCCAAUAAAACUAUUUAUUCCUAUCCUGCAUGGUCACUAGCUGAAAUAGAAAAAUUUGAAGAAGGUUUACGUGAAUAUGGAAAGAAUUUUUUUAAAAUUUCUAUCUAUAAAUGUUUAAAUCGAUCUGUUCGUGAAACAGUUCAUUUUUAUUAUCAAUGGAAAAAAAGUGAACGAUAUUACUUGUUCAUUGAAGAACAACAACGUAUUAAUUCACUUACUUCUGUUAGUGAUAUUAUUGAAAAAUUUAUCGAAGAACAAGAACAACACUUAUGUACUGCAUCCGGUGUAGUUGAUUCAACAAAUUCAACUUCUUUUCUUUCCAAUGAUUUUAAACUUCAUGCACCAUUAUCAUCGAAUUCUUCAAUCUCCAUUGUAACUAUUCAUCAACACGAGACUACAACAACAACAACAACAACAACAACAACGAAACGAUCAUUUGAUCAAGUAGAUAAUGAUGAUGAACCAUCAUCAAAAAAAACUUCAAUUAAUACAAAAACUUCAUCCAAUGAGGCAACAACGACUAUCGUAUAG